UCGCUGCUAACGCUGGUUUUGCUUUGCGACAGUGAGUUUGCACGGAGCAAAAGGAGAGGCGGUACUCUCGAUAGCGACAAGGGUAUAUACAUGUUUAGAAUGCUGUACAUCGACGGUACAUAUUUUCCUUCACGAUUCUUUAACGCUUCUCCAAACGCAAUGGGCUUCCCUCGGCGCGUUUAACGCCUGCCGAGGAAAACUAAGAUCGUCACGAGCCAAGCGCGAGAAGGCAUCGGAGGGGGGUCCCCGCCAGGAUCGCGGAGCCGAGACUCGUUCAGUGCCAAACGUGACGAACGCUGAGCGAUACGGUUCAUAGGCAGAGCGCAGAGAGAAGUCCCGAAGAUCAGCGAGAAGGAGUCCGUCGAUACGCGACGUGUGGUGACUGUGCACGCGUCGUGACGCCAAACCGCCACCCUACACGCGACCGUCCUAGCAGUAUUAUUCACGUUUUCAGCAAGGUCCCGCACUACUCCGAUUAUGUCGAUAAAUUGGAGGAAUGCGAUACAACGUUUGUUUGGAAGCAUUUGUUGAGUAUCCUGAACAAUGAGUUUCUUCCUAGGAUUGCUGGACGCAAUUUUAGUAGCAUACAACUGAGAGAGGAUAUAUGGAAUCAAAAUGGCACGCAGACGUAAAACUGAAGUAAAAGCAUCUGAGAAAUCAUCUCAUAAAUAUGUACCUGUACGCAAAUCUAGCCGACAAAUAGCUAAGAAGCAAUUGGAAGAAAAAAAGAUAAAUGGAUAUAUUACACAGACAUCUUGCUCAAACAGUUCGGAAGACUCUAAGUUUACUAGUGAAGGUCAUAGUCAAGUUUUUUCCAAAAAGAAUCAAAAUUCUCAGAAGAAACACAAACAUAGAGCUAUUUCUAGUAACAGUGUAAUUGUAAAUAAUGAUAAUGCUGUAUACAAUGCUACUCAAUAUAAGCAGGAUGUAAGUGAGAGUGACAGUCAAGAUGGUAUAGAUAAUAUGAUUAAAAAUUCAGAAAAACUUAGCCCAGAGGAUGUACAGCAGGUUGUUGUUGGUAAUCCAAGUCCAAGCAGUGAGCUUGCACCUGUGUCAACCAAGGUAGGAACAUGGUCGGAAGAUGUUGUAGAGGAAAUGAUAAUCUGUGAAGAAAUGCAAAUGGAGGGAGAUGGAGACAAUAGUUAUUCCUUGACGCAGGACACAGUUGUAGUUGAAGAAGUAUUACUUGUAAAUGAACCUAAUCUAGAAAACAAAAAUUUUGUAGAAUUUACUGUGAUACAGAAUGAAGAGGUUGAUGAAUCUAUGGCAAUGACAUCUGAGUCAGAAAAGAUUCCGAGUAAUGAAUAUCAUGCUGUUGGAAAAGAUGUUAAUAGUGUACAUAUGAACAAAUCAGAAAGUUCCAUAUCAGCCAUGCAUACAGAUGAAUCAGUAACUUCGUGCAGUAGUGGAAAUAGUAAUACUACGGAUUCUAACACAGAUAAACCUUAUAUUAACAAAAAGAAAAUGGUAUUGGAAGAAAGGAAUAGUAAAAAACAAAAGAACAAGACAAUUUAUGAUAAAAUUAGAAAGGAAAUUUCAGAAUCGAUAUCUGAAAAAGUUUGUUUGUGUUCUAUCAAGGAUGAUUCUGGUUCUUCUACCGAGGAAGAUAGUUGCAAGCGAGAGAGCAAAUACUUACCAGCAAAAAAUAUGCAUGUAGAUACGUCAAAGGAAGAUCCAUUUAAUAAAAUAGAUAAUAAACUGGCGAAUAUGCAGAUAAGCGAAUCUUCACAAGAGAUACAAAAGUUGGUGAAUGAUCUCUCUAGUGUGGAAAGCAUCGAUUCUCCAAUACAAACUCCUUUAAAUAUGGAGAAACUGUCCCCAGUCCAAUUAAAUAUCGAUGAUGAAAGUAGUUCGUCAAUAUUAGAUAAAAUGGAACAAUUACAUUGUUCAAAUAAUUCUGUUAGUUCUCACGUUAAAGAAAUAUCGUUGAAAACUAUGGAACCCAACAAUAUUAUUAAAAAUCAAGAACGAAAUAUUUUAGAAUCCAAUUCUUGCAUUGAUAAACUUCAAUGUACAGAUCGAGUUUCAUUAAAAUCAAAAGUUACACAAGACAAGAAAGGUCAGCCAAAGAAUUCAGAGCAUCUAACACCUACUGAUGAAUAUCAAGAUAGUGAAGGAGAUAACAACAAAGUUGAUAAUGAGGAUAUCAAGUUGAGCAGCAGCAGUGAAAAUAGUAAUGAUACAUUAUUGUCAUUAACUAAUUACAAAGGAAGGGAAUUUGAUAUAAAAAACGCAAUUAACAAUACAAGUGAUGUCGAUAAAAAAGUUGAAUUCAGAGAUCGUAGUGGAAGCAUUGAUACAACAAGCUCUGAAAAUGGUUCAAAUAGUUCAGGUGUCAGACGAAGUAGUAGAAUUCGAUCUAUUGGAUUGAUGAAACAAAGAUCUCGUGGCCGUGGUUUGGUUACAAAACCUAAUAUAGAUAUCUCAAAAGCUAUUCAGCAAGAAAAAGUAAUUAAUAAUACAAAUUCUUCAAUUAUUCAAGAAGUAAAAAUGGAUAAUUUUGAGACUCAAUGUGAUAAGGAAAAUAAUUCUAACAAAAUAUCAACAUCGAUUGAUACUUUGACACCUCUAAGUACUAGUUAUAAUGCGACAGGAUAUGAUUCUGACUCUUCAAAGCCAGUUAAAGUAAAAUCUCGUUGGCGAAGAUCAAGUGAGCUUGAAAUGGGUGGAUCAAACGCAGGAUUUGGAUCUAUCAUUGCCCCUGUAUCAAUGCUUGGAUCAUCUAUUGCGCCUCCACCUGAACGUAAUGCACCAGUAAAUAUAGGAGAAUCUACGUCAUCAGAAUCGAAAUAUAAUGUUAUUAGUACAAAUAUUAAAGUUUGUACAGAAACAGAGCAAAUUAAAAAUGAACCAGUGAUAUCCAGUAAUAUUUCUACUAUUUCAACAGUAGCACAAUUUCCAAAAACUAUAGGAGCAAAGAUUUCGUUGCCGAUGGUUCUCGAAACAGAAGAUAGAGAAAUGGAAGAAAGAUUGAGUCAAUUUGAGCACUUGCAAGAAAAUUUGUAUCUUACAGAAAGAUAUACAAACAAGGAAACUAAAAGAAUGGUAUGUGAUUGUUUUUUAACGGAAGAAGAAAUUGAGAGAGGAGAACUUGGUUGUGGGGAAGAUUGCCUUAAUAGACUUCUCAUGAUAGAAUGUGGACCUAGAUGUGUAGUAGGUGAUAGAUGUACAAAUAGAAGAUUUCAAAAUUGUGACUAUGCUAAAUGCGAAGUUUUUCGAACAGAGAAAAAAGGUUUUGGAUUACGUGCAGUUGUCAACAUAACGGUGGGUGAAUUUAUAAUGGAGUAUGUAGGUGAAGUUGUAGAUCCAAAGGAUUUUAGACGUCGAGCAAAAGAAUAUUCCAAAGAUAAAAACAGACAUUACUAUUUUAUGGCAUUGAAAUCUGAUCAAAUUAUAGAUGCUACUAUGAAAGGAAAUAUAUCUCGAUUCAUUAAUCAUAGCUGUGAUCCAAAUGCGGAAACGCAAAAGUGGACAGUAAAUGGGGAAUUACGAAUAGGUUUUUUUAAUAAAAAAUUUAUAGCGGCUGGCGAAGAAAUUACAUUUGAUUAUCAUUUUCAACGUUAUGGCAAAGAAGCUCAAAAGUGUUAUUGUGAGGCACCGAACUGUCGAGGUUGGAUAGGCGAAACACCUGAAGAAGAGAAGGAGAAAAUUGAAAAGAAAGAAAAGCGCUAUGAAAGAGAUACGAAGAAAAAGAAGGAAGAAAAGAAACCUGCUGAUUAUAUGGAGGAUGAGGAUUUGGAGGAAGAAAUAGAUAAGUUGUGUUCAAGUGGAUUGAAAAACCGUGCGCACACAUUAACAUUAAGUAGAUUGAUGGUUCGUAGCAGAGAAUUAGAACACAGAACACGUUUGUUACGUGUUAUUCAAAGUGGCGAACAACCAUGUCGAAGAUUAUUCUUGGAUUAUCAUGGUUUACGUUUGAUUUGGAGUUACGUCAUGGACAUCGCCACAAACGAAUCGGAAGAAGCUCAACAAUUUCGUUUGGAAGUGCUGAAAACUCUAAAUACACUGCCAAUACCAAACAAGACGAUGUUAAUGGAUAGCAAAAUUUAUAGUGUAGUUGAAAGAUGGGCGAAGAGAUUAUAUCUUUCUCCAAAUACUGAUUCCCCAGAAGAUGAUCAAAUUAAAUCAAAGAUGAGCUGUGAAGAAUUGAAUAGUAAUUCUGACAGCAACGAGAAAAAAAGUUCUGAUGAACAUCUGAAUGACAUUCCAGAUAAAAGUAAUAAUAAUAUCGAAAGUUGUUUGGCAGUCAGUGAAGUUAAAUCCGAAAAUACAGACCAAAACCUUAUCCCUGAUUUAGCUUCAAGUCUUCUUGCUGAAUGGUCCAAUCUGAAAGAAGUUUUUAGAAUACCGAAAAAAGAAAGAAUUGAGCAGAUGAAGGAGCAUGAAAGAGAAGCAGAUCGGGGAUAUAGAGAAGAAUUGGAGAAAGAAGAAAAAAGAGGCACUUCUUAUGAUAGGCAUAGAUCUGAUAGAUAUAGUCGAAAUGAAAUAGAUAAACGUGGCGAUAGGAGACGAGGGCGAGAAUCUCCAGAAACUGAUCAUAGUAGAACGAAAGAUAAAAGAAUAGAAGAACGAAGUCUAGUUCCUAUACCACGAAUGACAAAGUAUGAGCGUAGGCAAUUAUUCGCACUGAAAGUUGCGAAAGAAGAGGAGGAGAGACAACGUCGUCAACAACAAGAAUCAUGGCAAGAACAUGAGAACAGAUGUUUGGCAUUGGGUAUAGAUCCCCAUACUACUGCCAUGGUUGAUCCUCAGACUGGUUACCCUGUUUUUUAUAAUCCAACUUUAGGCCAAUGGCAGCAUUAUUCUACUCAAGAUGGAGGAGAAGCGACGCAACAAUGCACUCCUGUAUACGUGGGAAACACUCAAUCUACUAGUAUAAUUGGUCAGAAUUCUCACGUACUAUCAUCAGGAGUGACAACCGAUAUGUCGUCUGGAAUUACGACUGGUAUUCCACCUGGUGUACCACCAGUAGCUUACUCAUUAAGUCAAACGCCUGUGUUCAAUCAAACAUCUUCCUACUCUUUGAUAUCACAUCCACAACCAUAUAAUGAAGGGCAACUACCUCUUCCAAAUAGUUUAGUGUCUGUUCAUGGUGGCAUCCCUUCUACAUCAAUUCAAACGUCUCUUUAUAACAUCGAAAAUCCCGCAGAUCAGCAAUUUUCUAAUCUAACGCCCGCGGAAAAUGUCACGAGUCGACCACAACCUGAAAUUCCGGCAAUAGAUUUGCCACCAAAAUGGAAGAGUGCGACGGAUAGCAGAGGUAGAACAUACUAUUACCAUGUGAAGGAAAGAAUAUCGCAAUGGUUACCUCCACCGCCCGAUCAUAUCGGAGUACAGCCAGACUCUUCGUCUACCUCGGAAUCUAGUGAAGAAUCCAGUUCAUCGAACGAGGAUGACGAAGAUAUUGAUGAUGAUCACAACGAUGAUCAAAGAAGCGACGACGUGGAGGCAAGUAGCGUUCUAACAGACAGUCCUUUGAGCAUAUCUAGGCCAAAUGUAUCUAAAAAAUUAGGUGGUCAUAAUCUAAUUGGAAGUUCACUGCCGUUCCCUGAAUCCAAGAAGAGAAGAGAUGGAUUAGUUCAAGAAAGAAUUAUUAGUCCACGUAGAGAAGAAGAUCGUAUUGAUCAUAAAACGUAUAAAGAAAUAAAGGAUAAAUUACGACGACAGAAGGAAAGAACAAAGCUGAAAGAUCAUGUUGACAAGAUGAGAAAACAUAGACGAAGUAAUAAAUCAAAGUCUCAUUCGCGACAUGGAUUAAGCAAGGUGCAACAACCAACAUCAGCCGAAAUGUCUCCUAUGUCCGAAAGGAAAAUUAAGGAUACAUUUAGAAUAAACAUGGCUAAUGUGAUGGUUCACUUCUUAAAUCCAUAUAGGAAAAUUGACUGUAAGCAAGGUAGAAUAACCAAUACCGAAGACUUUAAGCAUCUAGCUAGAAAGUUAACACAUUUUGUACUUGCAAAGGAAUUAAAACAUUGUAAAAGCGUUGACGAAUUACAAUGUAAUGAUAAUGUUAAACAUAAAGCAAGAGAUUUUGUACGUAAGUACAUGAGCAAGUUUGGGGCAGUGUAUCAGAAAGGUACAGACGAAGAUUAGCUGUAAUUUAUAAAAAAUGAAAAAUUGUUAUUUAUUACGCGUGCACUUCGGCUAUUGCGAAAUAUAUUUAGAUAAAUAUAUAUUUAAGCUCGUAUGUAGAUACAUAUUUGUAAUUGUAUUAUUGUAAAAUAGAGACAAGUUUGUAUAUGCGUGAUAAACGUGUUUUCAUAAUUUAGCAGUUAAUAAAAUUUUAGCAAAUUUUUAAUUUUUCCAUGUGUUAUGUAUAAAUUUGACACAUGUUCAUUAGACAUACCAAUUAGGCAUGUUGUAUCUUUUAUAAAUAUUGUAACUUAUAUGCCAAUACACAUGCACACACACAGUGUAAAAAAUAUAUACUCUGAUAGUUGUAUAAGAUUUAAACCUACCUUUCGGUAUCAGUGUCUUAAAGUUAAUACUCAAGAAAUAUUUAUUUGUAUACAUUAUGCAAUAACUUCUGUAAAUAAUACUGUAAAUGAAAUUACAACUGCUUCCCUGGGUUACUAUUGUGCUUGUUGAUUCAUGACUGUCUGAUGCUUAUAAUAACUGGACAAAAGAUAGAAACAUAAAUCUUGCAUUUAUAAA